AUGGCUCUGUGUUGCUUCUCUGUUCUGUGGACACUGGUAAGCCUGCUGCUGAUUGGAAUUGCGGCAUGGGGGAUCGGCUUUGGCCUUAUCUCUAGUUUCAGAGUCGUUGGAGUGGUAAUUGCAGUAGGAAUCUUCCUUUUCCUUAUUGCCUUGGUCGGAUUGAUUGGUGCUGUGAAACAUCAUCAAGUAUUGCUAUUCUUUUACAUGAUUAUUCUUUUGCUGGUCUUUAUUGUCCAGUUUUCUGUCUCCUGUGCCUGUUUGGCACUAAACAAGGAACAGAAGAGUCAACUUCUAGAGGUGGGAUGGAAUAACACUAACAGCGCGAGAACAGAUAUUGAGAGAAAUCUGAAUUGUUGUGGAUUCAGAGUUUUUAAUCCGAAUGAAACCUGCUCCUCUGAUUGUUUUAGAAGUCGCCAAUGUCAACCAUGUGCACCGAUAAUAGAAGAGUAUUCUGGAAUGGUGCUGAGAUUUGUUGGAGGCAUAGGACUCUUCUUCAGUUUCACAGAGAUUCUGGGAGUCUGGCUGACGUAUAGAUACAGGAACCAGAAGGAUCCCCGUGCAAACCCUAGUGCAUUUCUUUGAUAAGUUUGUAAAAAACUGAAUCUUCUCUCUGCACCCUCUACUUCAAAAUAUCGAUUCUCCGUAGCUUGGUGUUUCUGUAUAACAAGUGUUCCACGUAUACCCAAAUAAAACUUAAUUUCUGUAAGAAAUUUGUAGUUUUCAUAUUUAAUUUCCCACUAUUUUUCUUCUAGGAAUCUCUAUCUUGAAGUAGACUGGUGCAUUCAGUAGUUCGCAGAGUCAGGCUGCUGCUCUGAGACGGUUAAAUAAAUCUGUUACAACUUUGGUAGUUGAUGUGGUGAACUCUAUACAGUGAGUUUUAUAGCACUACUUGCUUCUCUGGUGUCCAAGAAAACCCAAAAGUAUUUUCUGCUGUAUUAAUUGAUUACAAAAAAUUCACAUGAUUUCUCAUUAAAAUUAUAAAAAUAUAUGGUGG